AAUUUGUUUCAGCAUCCUUGGUGGAAUUAUGUCCAGGGGACAGGUAGUAGGUCUCAACUUCUGCACAACCUCAGAAAGCUGAGAGAGCGACACUGGCACAAACUCUUUGAGAACACUGGAACUGGAGACAACAGAGGGAGGUGAGCCUAAUAUUCCUUUUUCUUCACUUUAUGUAAAUAACAACAAAUGUGAGUCUCAUGGCAUCUGGGAGAAAUUAUCUUCUAUACCUCUCAGUCCUACAUCUCAUGGAGAGGAGUCUGUCACCGCGGUUGCUUUUCUGAGCAACCGCUGCAGUCUUUUAUUUACUGAAUAUCACUCAGUUGCCUCCCUUUGAAACAGUUUUGCAUCUCUCUGUUGAUUUUUGUGUCAUCUGACAAUUUAACAUAACAGCUGCUAUGAGCAGUUUACCGUCCUUUUAAACAGUAACAAGAAAAAGAAAUGCUUGGCUGGAUUGCAGGAAGAUGUGUUUCUGGAAGUACAGUGGGGACUUUUUGUAUUAAAUUCAGUUACUAUUAAUUUUGUUAGGAAAAAACCCUUCAGGAUUCUUAUACUUUACUAGUAGAUGUUGGUGUUUUUCCAUGGGGUGGAAGGGCAGGCAGAUUGUGGGUCUGACUUUGUGCUUGUUGGGUGUUUUUGGAGUGUGUUUGACAUGUAGCCUCCCAAUGUGGCGUGAGGCGUCUUUUGUGGGAGCCAACAUUGUAUCUGCACAAUCGGUGUGGGAUGGCCUGUGGUUACACUGUAUUUUUCAGGCCACAGGUCAGAUGCAAUGCAGGAGGCAAACAUUGUCUCUGGAUUUUACCCCUGACCUGCAAGCAGGACGUGCCCUCACCCUGCUAUCCAUUUUUGCCGGCCUCCUCGGCUUCAUCGUCACCCUCCUGGGUGGAGGUUUGGUCAGCUGUAGAGGAAAUCCAUCAAACCAUCCUGAGCUUCCAUCCACCUCUCCUUCCAAAAAGAAGGCGGUUCUGUUGGGUGGCGCUCUGAUUCUCCUUUCUGCCAUCCUGUGCCUGAUUUCGGUCAGCUGGUCUGCAGGACGAACCAUCAGAGUCUACAAUGACCCCUUAUUGCCGGCACCCCUGAGGAGGGAGGUGGGCUCCUCCAUCUACAUAGGCGGUGUCUCCUCUCUGCUGCUUCUGCUCAGUGGAACCUUGAUCUGCUUCAUGUGCUGGGACAAGGAAUGCUCCUACAUGCCUUACAGCUCCACCACUCACUUCAACGGAGAUCUGUCCCGCACACCCACUCUGAUGUCAGAUCUGACCACGAGAUCAAACACCUCAUUGAUGAAUGAUUAUCGUACACCAUACAGGAUCAAGCAUGUGCAUGCUCAAGUAUAUAGCUCAAACUCUCAGAAUAAUACUCUGAGCAGGUACAGUCAGGCAAAGUGGUCACAGUCUGUAACAGCAGACAAGGGAAAGAGCGCGUUGAUGGGAUCAAGGUCAACUCUUGGGCGUGACAUCCCCACCAGAUCUACAACAGCGCCACAUCAAUAUUACUACUAGAGUACACCAUGAUGGACCUGCAUUGUGCAAAUGACUGCACACACUUUGCAGGAACAAUGUCAAUGUUAUUGAUCGUUAGAUCAGAAAAUCCUCCACAAUCCUUCUCAGCGUGUCUUUUCAGAGGUUUUCUUUUGUUUCUGCUCAUUUGUGUUGGUUAUUUUGGACUACUUGCUCUUGUUCUUUCUCCUUGUUUCAUGGUGACAUCUAGUUAGGUGACCUUUCUUCCACAACCAGUUUCAGUUGAAAUUUAAGAGACAUAACUGGAAUCCCCUCACGUGACUUCUUCGUUUUUGAGGUGAGGCAGUAAAUGCAUAUGUGACACUCUGAGGUUAAUUCCACUAAUUUUUCUGAAGUAUUAUGAUGUCUGCAAGCAUGGCAGAUUCCUUGGCCCCUUAUUGGCUUCUUUGGGAGCAUCAUCAUCAUCAUCUCUGUGAUUUUCAUGAGCAAAGUGACGACCUUUACUGGAUCAAACAUUGUCACAUCACAGGUGUUCUAGGAGGGUCGGUGGUUAGAUGAACUGGAAGAUCUACACCUCAUUGCUGGCAUUGCCUCAGGAACUGCAGGGUGUCAGAGCACUUCAUCACAGGGGCCAGUGAAAUGUCUACUGUGCCACUGGGAGGAAGUAAAAAGGGCAAAGUAUCCAGUGAUGUUGUUGUAGCCUUCAUCAUCAGCCUUCAUCACCAGGUCGUUAUGGUAAUAAGAUUUUUUUUUCUUAAUAACUUACUUGAUUAAAUAAAGGUUAACAAAAAUCAUCUCCAGCCUUUUCAUCUUGAUCCUUGUCUGCUGGAUUGCCAACACAGUCAAUUGGAAUCCCCCCCCCCACUCAAAUUAUUGUCCAAAAGAGGGGGAGUUAUAGACCCCUUUGCAGUCACAUGACCCGGCCACUCUCCAUCGCCAUGUUGCCAGUCAUGCGCAGUACUUCCAGGAAUUAAUUACACGAGAAACAAUGUACGUACUGCAAAGUGGGGGACAAGCUUAGAGACUAACUCAUUGUGUCUGAACCUGAUCGUGGAGUAAGUGAACAUCCCAGGCAUCUGUCUGGUGCUGAAUUACAGCGGUACAAGGAGAAAACUGCCAUUUUGGGCGCUUGUAUACAGCACCUGGUGUGUUGUUUUCUUUGCUGUUUUCUUUUUUUUUUUGUAGGAGCAACAUUGUUAUCAUCGCACAUGUAAGUACGCUCAGGACUUAAUAAGUUAAUUGAGGAUUGCAGACUUACAUAUUUAUAAUAGCAUUUAGUGAUAAUGUUCAUCAUUAACUUUAUUGAAUUUUGUGUACACUGCUGUGAGAUUGUUUGGCAAAAGCCAGCACUCUGUGUCAGCUGGAAUCCUGUAGAAGCUGAGAUUCUGCUUUUGUCCAGGGCAACACAGUCUUGUUUGAGGGUGGGCGCUAAAGGGGUAAAAUAUGACGCACAUGACGUAAUUUCUCUACUUCCAGGGGAAAAACCACAGCAGGUUUAUGGGAAAAUUACAUGCAAACAAAGUGAAAAUGCAAAGAAAAAGUGACAAUGAGGUGGGAAAGUGGCUAUGUGUUUUGGUUUGUUUAUAACAAUAUAUAUAUAU